AUGGCUGAUAUUGAACCUACAAAACAGAUUAAUCAAGAACUUGAACCCGAACAAAAACGUAAAGUUUUUAUUGGAAGUUUAUCUUAUAAUAUAGAUGAGAAUGCAUUUCGUGAAUAUUGGACUAAAUUUGGUGCAGUCAUUGAAGCAACAAUUUUACGUGAUCGUGAUGGUCAUUCACGUGGUUUUGGUUUUGUUACAUUUGCCGAUUCAUUAAGUGUUGAUGCUGUUAUGCAAGCGCGACCACAUACACUUGAUAAUCGUGUUGUAGAACCAAAACGUGCAGUUCCACGUGAAGAAACUCAUAAACCAAAUAUGCAAUUAUCAGUUAAAAAACUCUAUUUAGGUGGUGUUAAAGAACCAAUAACAGAGAAUGAUCUUAAAGAAUAUUUUUCCAAAUUCGGUGCAAUAACAGAUGUUGUUGUUAUGAAAGAUCGUGAAGGACAAUAUCGAGGAUAUGGUUUUGUUGAAUUUGAUGAUUAUGAUCCGGUGGAUAAAGUUAUACUUGAAAAAAAUCAUACUGUAUGUAGCCGACAAUUAGAUGUACAAAAAGCUCAAUCAAGAGAUGCAUCACAACGUCCUAGUGGUAAUAUGCGAGCUCGUCAAGGUCCACCACCAAUGUCUAGAUCGAAUUAUAAUGGUGGUGGUGGUGGUGGUGGUGGUGGUUAUAAUAAUAAUAAUAACUAUCAACAGGAUAAUCUUAAUGGUCCAGGACCAUUUGGACAAAUGCAAAAUAAUAAUUACAAUGGUUAUGGACAGAAUUUUAAUGAUGGUAAUGGUAAUGGUAAUUGGACUUCAUUUGGUCAAGGAUAUGGUCAAGAAAGUGUUGGUGGACCGAUGCGACGAGGAAAUAUGGGUGGUGGUCGUGGUUAUGCACCAUAUAAUGGUCGUGGCGGCGGUGGUGGUGGUCGAGGACGAGGAGGAGGUGGUGGACAUCGUGGAGGUGGUCCAUCGUGGACUGCAUGGGAUUGA